GAUGCACGCUGCCGCGGCCGGGCUCAUCUUUUGGAGAUAUGACCUGAAUUCCUCGCUCUUGCUCGACACCAGCACCAUGGCGUUCUCAAUCGUCCCGCUCCCAGUUCCACGUACACGAGUGUACGCCAUUGGAGACACCGAUGCCGGCGCGUGUUGCCUUUUGAAUAUCGUCGGCGCAACCAUGUUGCAAGUGUGGAUGCUCAAGAAGAAGGGCGGCGGCGAUGGGCAUGCGUGGGAGUUGGAGAAGCAAAGCCAAAUAGGCGAGCUUGCCAGCUUGAACCGGAGCUUUGACGUCCAUAUGGUGGCUGCCGGACUAGCAAUUGUUUACUGUGUGAGUAGCAAGUAUUCUCAUAUCGUCAUUGAUCUCAAGGACCUGAGCCUCAAGGACAAGUUUCGAUGUCAUCGUUGCAUGGCUUUCCCUUUCCAAAUGCCAUGGCCACCUGCUGGGUUGGUGGCUACUCCUACGUGUGAGAGAUCAACACCUCAACCCUAUGCUUGCAGAGAUGCUGCAAGUCAACAUGAAGCACCUUCCUCUAGUAGAAAGCGAACGAGCAAUGAUGAAAUGGCAAGUGGUAAAGAAACAAUGGAGCCAUGUAUUUCCAUAGCUUCUUUCAAGAAUGAAUCGCCGGAGAAGAAAUUUUGCUAUGAGAUUGGACCACCGUCUUGAACAAAGAAGGCGAUCAACACUUUCACGUUUCAACGUCUUGUAAGCAAAAUAUUCCUUGGUAACCUACAUGAACUUGUCAUUGCACACACACUGAACUUGUCAUUGCACACACACAUUGCUCAACUAGAAGAUGCGUCAUCAGUUCAUCUUUGUUUUUUGACGUACUCAUGAUGUUUUGUAACUGUGUUAUUAACAGCAAUACUUGGUGUAUUCAGAUACAACUGAUUCAGUUGGAGGGAGCUCCAAGUUUGUCUUGUUGAGAAGACAAUAAAGACCCUGUUGUUGUUUCUUGAUCUCUUGUUUCCAUUUGGUAUUUAAGUAUAUUUAUGACUUGUUAUAAUGCAAAAUGAAAUAUAAAUACUAUUGCACAAUAGAUCAAGAGAUGAAGAGACCCUGUUGUUGUUUCUUGAUCUCUUGU